GCGGCAUUGGAGCUGUGUGUACGUGAAGCAGCGAGAGAAAGAUUUGGGAAGCCGUCUGGAGACUUUCAGCUGCGCUGUGGCGAAAAUAAUGGCCUAGCCACUCCAGUGUCCUCAUGCGCUCGUUUCAGGUUAUAAGCAGAGGUAAGACGUUCUGCUACCACUGAUACUCCUGAGGAACAGCAGCAGCAUCCACCCCUCCACCCCCACCUCCCAGCAGACUCCGGCAGCGGAUCAGGAUGGAGGCAUCGUUCGGCCCUGCCUUCUCAGCCGUGCCCGCUGGAGCUAAAGCAGAAGCGUCCAGCACCUACAAGCAGCACAGAAGAACUCCUUCCUCCUCCAGCACUCUAACCUACUCCCCCCGGGAUGAUGAUGAUGGAAUGCCGCCAAUUGGUACUCCUCGGAGGUCAGAUUCGGCCAUCUCAGUCCGAUCUCUCCAUUCAGAGUCCAACAUGUCUCUGCGAUCCACUUUCUCUUUGCACGAAGAGGAAGAAGACACGGAGCCCCAGGUGUUUGCCGAACAGCCGUCAGUCAAACUGUGCUGCCAGCUGUGCUGUAACGUCUUCAAGGACCCCGUCAUCACCACAUGUGGGCACACCUUCUGCAGACGAUGUGCCUUGACUUCAGACAAGUGCCCGGUGGACGCGGCUAAGCUAACGGUCGUGGUGAACAACAUCGCGGUCGCCGAGCAGAUUGGAGAGCUGUUCGUCCACUGUAAAUACGGCUGCAGGGCCACAAACAGUGGUGCAGGAGCAGCCGGAGCCUCUCCCUCCACGGUGGCUGGGAAGCCCGGAGCGUACGAGGUGGAUCCGCUGGGCUGCCCGUUCACCAUCAAACUGUCCACACGCAAAGAACAUGAGGUCAGUUGUGACUACAGGCCAGUCCGCUGCCCUAACAACCCCUCCUGCCCCCCUCUGCUCACCAUGAACCUGGAGGCUCACCUCAAAGAGUGUGAGCACAUCAAGUGUCCCCACUCUAAAUAUGGAUGUACGUUCAUUGGUAACCAGGACACAUAUGAAACACACCUGGAGGUGUGUAAAUUUGAAGGGCUGAAGGAGUUUCUGCAGCAGACUGAUGACAGGUUCCAUGAGAUGCAGCUGACUCUGGCCCAGAAGGACCAAGAUAUUGCUUUCCUGCGCUCCAUGUUGGGCAAACUGUCUGAGAAACUAGAUCAACUAGAGAAGAACCUGGAGCUCAAAUUCGAUGUGUUGGAUGAGAACCAGAGCAAACUGAGCGAGGACCUGAUGGAAUUUCGUAGAGAUGCAUCCAUGCUUAACGAUGAACUGUCCCACAUCAAUGCCAGGCUUAACAUGGGAAUCCUUGGCUCUUACGACCCCCAGCAGAUCUUCAAGUGCAAGGGGACAUUCGUCGGCCACCAGGGUCCCGUCUGGUGUCUGUGUGUCUACUCCACCGGAGACCUGCUCUUCUCCGGAUCCUCAGAUAAGACCAUCAAGGUUUGGGACACCUGCACCACCUACAAGUGUCAGAAAACCCUUGAAGGUCAUGAUGGCAUCGUACUGGCACUGUGCAUCCAGGGUAACCGGCUAUACAGCGGCUCUGCAGACUGCACCAUCAUCGUGUGGGACAUCCAGACCCUGCAGAAAGUCAAUACAAUCCGUGCCCAUGAUAACCCUGUGUGCACACUGGUCUCCUCCCACAACAUGUUGUUCAGUGGCUCCCUCAAGGCCAUUAAGGUGUGGGACAUUGUGGGUACGGAGCUGAAGCUGAAGAAGGAGCUGACUGGUCUGAAUCACUGGGUUAGAGCACUGGUCGCCUCGCAGAACCACUUGUACAGCGGCUCAUAUCAGACCAUCAAGAUUUGGGACAUCCGCUCUCUGGAGUGUGUUCACGUCUUGCAGACCAGCGGGGGCAGCGUGUACUCCAUCGCCGUUACCAACCACCACAUCGUCUGCGGCACUUACGAGAACCUCAUUCAUGUGUGGGAUAUUGAGUCUAAAGAGCAGGUGCGGACCCUGACAGGUCAUGUGGGGACAGUUUACGCUCUUGCUGUCAUCUCCACCCCUGACCAGACCAAAGUGUUCAGCGCCUCCUAUGACCGCUCGCUCAGGGUGUGGAGCAUGGAUAACAUGAUCUGUACCCAGACUCUGCUCAGACACCAGGGCAGUGUGACGGCUCUGGCUGUGUCCAGAGGACGUCUCUUCUCCGGAGCUGUGGACAGCACCGUCAAGGUGUGGACGUGCUAAACAAACUGUUAACUGUGCAGGAGUCCAGUCAACUUUUGGUGACAGACGGACUCUACAGACGGCAACCUUUUCCACACGAUUCUUCCGUUCUUUUGAUUGUGAAUUUAACGGCCACAGACCAGUAAUUACCGCCAAUUCAGGAUCAAGCCGCAUCAAGAAAAACUCUUUUACUAAAUGUUUGCUUUUCAAACUUAAAAAAAAAGAAAAUCCUCAGACACCUCGACACCCCGAUCAUAGGGGGGUCAAAGGGGUCAAACUCGUGGUGUUUGUGACCUUAUUAAGCAGUGCAUUAUGGGGCAAAACAAGACAAAAAGCUGCCUUACGGUCGCACCGAUCAACGCACAGCGCCAUAGCACGGUUGACUGGACGUUGCAACCCUGUAAUCAGAACAGGAAGCAGAGGGGGAUUACGGUUGUUAAAGUUUUUGGACUGAUGAUGGUCCCGCCUGCUUCCUGUGGACCCACCUGCCACUUAAGAACUGUACUGAUGAUGCCUAAUGCAUACUGUUAGAAUACGUCUAAAGGCUGGUUUCACAAACAUGGACUGACACCAUACUUACAUUAGGACACCUGUUUAUGUUAUACACAGCUUCCCUAAAGUCAUUUUCUCUCAAGAGAAAUUUCAGAUUAAAAGUCGACGAAAAUUUUAUAGGAGAACGUAUAUCUAAUUGUCAUCGACGACUCCGCAAAAACUCCCACUUGCUUCCAUAUGUUGGUCAAAAGUCAGCUGCUUAAAGUCCCAGUUCCACACAACAUAUGUAGCAUGUUCACAAGUGACAAAAUAAUGUAUACACAUAUAAGUCAGUGUGCAGACAAUAAAACGGUUGAUCUUUGAGAGCUGCAGUACUCAGAGGAAACACACAAGCUGCUCACCACUACAUCUUACAUGUUUUGAAGGAUUUUAUUUAAAGAUUUAAUUAUUAAAGGACCAGUGUGUAAGAUUUAGUGCCAGCUAGUGAUGAUGUUGCAUUUUGCAACCAACUGCAAGCAUGUUGAACAUAUUGUGGGGCUGCAAAAAACACAAGUUCCUCUCCAGAGCUAGUAUUUGGUUUGCCCGUUGUGGGCUACUGUAGAAACAGGGCGGUGCAACAUGGUGGCCUCUGUCAUAAAGGACCCGCUCCCUAUGUAGAUAUUAAGGGCUCAUUCUAAGGUAAUGAAAACACAAUUAUUCUUAUUUUCAGGUGAAUAUACACUGAUCAAAACAUACUUACGAAUGUUAUAUUCCAUUUUUCAAAGUCUGGUCUGCUAGAGGCUCUAAAUUCUACACACUGCUCCUUUAAAUCCUUAAAUGUUGGAAAAUGUUUUUCUUUGUCUUUUUUAAAUAUAAUUUGUACGCCAGUGUUGCAAUUUAAGUUACAUUAGUGUUUUAUUAGUGUUUGUAAUUUCAGAACGAUAAAGUAUUUUUUUUUGUUUGUUUGUUUUGUAGUAACAGCAAAAACAGGAAUACUAUUGACAUUUAGUUUGCUGUGUGGAGCUGGGACUCAACUCUUCUGUUUUCCCAAUGCUGAGAUUAUAGCAUUGACAGUCAAUACUGCUCAGUUAAAUUCUGCCUUCACACUUUGUGGUUUGUUAAACAGUGUAAAUCUGCGUGUGGUUCUCAGUGUAGAUUUUACAGUGCCACAAUUGAGAAACCGAUCAUGUAAAUGAAGUGUUAGCUUCACUUGAAUGGCUACUAUUGCUAACACACUGAUAGGCCUGUCACAAUAAUUAACAACUUAUGGCACAAUAGUGUAAUUAUCAUCAUCAUGUCUAUAUAUUGACUUCAUUUCUUGACCCCCUGUUAUAAUGCUAUUAUAUUAUCAUUAUAUCAGUGGUAUAUAAUGAUCUUCAAGUGAUAAUAUCGUUUAUUAUUUCGAUUAUUUCUGAGACGAUAUAUCGUCCAACAAAAGUAGUUAUUGUGACAGGUCUACACACUGACUGAGUAGCUGUACUAGUACAUUUGGAGCUUUUAAUAGACGAUGUCUGGAGGAAGUCUGUUUAUAGUAUUUGUAUAAAGUGACACUCCUCUGAAAGACUGAAACAGGUUUUAAAAACACGUUUUUCUUCCUCCUCCUCGUCCAUUAUGGUCGUCAGUCAGCUCAGCUCUGUGAAACCAGCCUUUAUAAGACAUUUUACUAAGUGAACACUUUAAACAAAAUGACAGAUCUAUAGAUUUCCUGAGUUUUAUAUUAGUGCCAUGAUAGAGCUGUAUGCAGAGCCACCCAACUGUUGUAUAAUUGUAUAAAAUAACAGCCUGGACGUGUGCCCAUGAGAAUGACUCACACUGGCCUAUACAACAGAGAGGGACAUGAGGGGAGAGAGAGAGAGAGAGGAAGACAGUUUGUGUGUAUGGAUGUGUCUGGUGUGUGUGUCUGUUGUGUGUAUGUGUGUUUCAAUGAGUGCCAUAUGUGUGGAUGAAAAGUAAGAGUAGGCUGUAACGAUGAUGUGACAGAUUGUCUCUUUCUUCUCCGCCCUCCCUGAUCUCUUAACUUUUACCGGUUCAAAUGAAGGUAACACAGAUUUAACACUGAUUGUUUGUUUCAUGAGCUCUGUCGCAUCUGUAACACUCGAUGGAUUUAUCCCUCAGUAGGUAGCGAAGGCAGGCAAGUGUAAUUAACCUCACAACUCCCAGAGGCCAAAGCAGAGAAAGUGCCAUGAGCUAAAGUGAACUCCUGCUUUUCCUAAAUUAUGUUUGAGCACCCAUAUUGGGUCGAAAAUAGCAGUCUGUAGCAAGUAGCAACACGUCUAUACUGACCCACAUCAGACUUGAUGAAUAUGUUUGGGAGGGUAGAUUUUCAGUUGUAUGAGAUCAUGCAAACCCGCAGCAAAUUAAGACAGAUUUUUACAGAUGUUCAAAGAAGUGUUUUGCUUUCGUUUUAAAUGCAGAUCUGGCCACCACUUAGCCUUGGUAAGAAAGGUAAAGGAGGGGACGAGUGCAAGUGUCUUCACUGGUCAAUGAUUUUCUUGUAUACUUGUAAUCAUGUAAGCCUGAGUUGAUCAUUGAUCAAUAAAACUGUUGUACACAU